AAGUCAAGUGAUACCGCCGCAAACCCUCAGGGAAGGGGGUCAACUAUUAAUAAUGGUCAGUCAACAAUCUGUCCUUCCUCUUCAGUAACAGAACCCAGGAAACGAUCCAUAAUGCACCAUCUUGUGCGUUCAUGUCAGAAUCGAAUAUGACAAGAGGAGUGUUGCAUCAAGAGGAUUUAUCAUGCUGCUACUUUUCAAGAGGAUAAGAUUGUCUUUAAUUCUCUCGGUGUCGAAUGUCAGAGAGGCCAUUGUAUCUCCACAUGACCUGGAUGCACGCUUCCCGUCAAGGAGCAAAGGUGAGGCUAUAUUUUGUCUCCAGGAAGAUGACAGCCCCUCAAGGCAGUUGGUGCGUUAACUGAUAGGUCCUGAAGGUAUAUCCACGGCUUUUUACCAGUGUCAACACCGACUUGAGGUUAUCUCCUUGUCGCAGAUAAUAGACUUAACCUCCGGUAAACAUCAUCUCGUCGGAGUGCCGAGCGCACCAGAUCUUCUCUCUUCGUCGGAUUAAGUUCCGAAAAAGAAAAGGGCGGCUCUCUUCUCGCCAUUUAGCGAACAAUCAGAUAUCGAUCUUGCAAAGAAAGGCCCGCUGCAAAAGGUGUGAAGUGCAAUUUUCCCGGGGUCCCCACCGAUCGAAGAAAGUUGACAACAGCUGCGGCCGACGUGAUCAAGAUAGAUUUGAUCAUUGACAGGAGAAGCCGGAAGAACUCUUGGGAAUCCGUGAAUCCAGGAACAUCACCACGUCAGCUUUGAGAAGAGAGCGAGCGGAGUAACAUUGCACAAUGAGGCAGGGGAGUUUUCGCGUCGUGCUGCUUGUCAUAGCUGCCUGUUUGGUCUUUUCUGCUGCAGCAUCAGCCAAAAAGGAUGCGCGGCGCGGGCGACGAGGCUUCAAGGGAAGUGACAGGGAUAAGAACUCCAUCGUCUGGUCCCGGUGGAGCGAUUGGUCAGAGUGUUCGCGGACGUGCGGCGGUGGUGCCAAGUACAGGACAAGACACUGCAUGAGCAGAAAACCAGCAAAUGACAGGGCAGGUCUCCAGGUGUGCGAGGAGGAGAGCAAACAGUAUCGCUCCUGUAACACCAAGCCCUGCCCACCUGGUUCGCAAGACUACAGAGCCAUGCAGUGUGCCAUCUACAACGAGAAACCGCUGGUGGAGUGGGUACCAGUCGAAGAAGAUAAUAGAAACGAGUGCGAUCUGGUGUGCAAGACAACUAACGGAGCGUACGAAUUGAACUUCCGCCACGUCGUGGAUGGCACCCGAUGCCGCCGACAUUCAAUGGACAUGUGCAUCAACGGCAAGUGCCAGACUGUCGGUUGUGACGGAGUUUUAAACUCGACAUCGGGCUACGAUGUGUGCGGGGUCUGCGGCGGCGGAAACCAGACCUGUGGUCAGGUGCACAAGACCUACUCGGAAGAAUAUCCAUCAACCGGAUUCUACACAUACAAUCGCAUCAUCAUGAUCCCAGCCGGAGCGACCAACAUCAAAAUCAAAGACAAGAGCACUUUGAACUUCGUUGCUCUGAAAGACGAAACCGGUCAGUUCCUGCUGAAUGGGGACUGGACGAUCGACUGGCCGGGGGAGUACAAAGGCGUGGGUACCAAAAUCGUGUACCAGCGGCAUCGCAAUGGAUCGGAGGAAGUCAGGCUCACGGGACCAACGGAUAAAAUCCUGGAAGUCAUGAUCAUCUUCCGGGAGCGGAAUCCAGGAGUAGAGUACGAAUACUGGAUGCCUCCCAGGAAGGCCGCUGGACCACCCGAAGUUCAGGAUCAGUUACUGUCAGAUGAUAUCAUAGCUGAUGGAGAAGCCCAACCCUCGGAGCUGAGCGAGUCGGAGACCAAACCCGAAUCCAGUUCCUCCUCAAACGUCACCCAGGCUGACGAGGAGGAGGAGGGAGAGGAGACUGAAGCAGAGGUGGAGGCGGGACGCGGAUCCAGGAGGAGAGGAAAGAAGGACAAGGGAAAGAAGAAAGGCAAGGGAAGAGGAAAAGAGACCACGAAAAAAUGCCCCAAGUGUAGGAAGGUGCGCGGUUCACGGACUAGCCACUUCUGUGAGAAUGAUUUCGUUCUCCACGUGGAAAUUCUCAGCAAGGCCAUCGAGAACGGACAGACCCGCUUCGACACCACCAUCCUGCAGACGUACAAGAACACGGUGCACCUGGGGCGCCGCGAGUACAUCUGGGUGCCCAACGUCUGCAAGUGUCCCCGGCUGAAGACGGGCGGCCAGUACCUGGUGACGGGCAACCGGAGGUUCGACACGGAGACCGGCGAGACGCGGCUGGUGGUUGACCGGGACAACCUGGUGUCGGCCUGGAAGGAUGGCUACCACAAGAAAUGGGAUAAGAUCCAGGCGAGGGAGUCGCUGGUCUGCUCCCAAGGGGAAGAGGAGGAAACAGAGGGGCCAACGGGAAGAUUUUAGGGGGUGUUCGUAACGGCCGACGUGCAACGGUUCCAAUUCAAGAUGAAAUGACUGGAUGGGUUUAACUUAAGAAGACAUGAGAGGGCAUCUUUUACUGACCAGUUACCGCUCAAGGGGUACAAUAGUGACUUUCUCCGCGCUUCUCAGAGUUCACAAGUGACAUUCAUAAAUGUGAAGGAAAAACCAAACACAACAAACAUCAAAACAAGACUCGACAUUUACACUGAAACACAACGGUGAGAUGUCUUUACUCAUUUCAUUGAAGAAUGACACUAUCGACACUCAAGUCGCGCCAUUUUUCAAUCUCGCAAACCGUUUCACUUCCAAAGCUGCCUCUGUCGAUCGGUCUCCACGCGUAGCUAAUAAAUCAAGUUUUUGACAUAUUUAUUUCAAAAUUACAGAACCAAUACACAACGCAACUUAUUUAUAUUCUGUACAGUAUUAGGCGCGUAAGACUUUCACGCGUCGGUAUUUUGAAUGAGACAUGGAGAUAUUUUUGUACGAGAUAUAACAAACUGUUGCUUGCUAUAGUGAGAUGAAUUAUCUGACGCAUGGCUUUGCUUAACUUGUACAGGUAUUUGAAUUGUAUUAACGGAAACUGGGGCCUUGUUGACAUUGUGCACUUGCCGAACAAACUGUGAGAUCAGUCGAUAUUUUUCAAAAUGGAAGGCAAAACAAGUUUUUAUGUAAUAUUGUUUGCGAUACUGUUGGAAAUAAUAAUGUAUGAUGGUGUACUCUGGUGAGGUUUUGCUAUUUUAAUACUAAAGUAUUUUUAUUCUGUAAACUAAAAGAAUGUGCUUUCGGGUUAGAAACAUUCUCUAUACCUUCAAGCUGUGUAAAUAGGCGUUUAAAUACUCACUUGAGCUUUGACUAUAAUACCUUGUUUUGUUUUUAUUCUAUACACGCUAUAAUGGCGGGCUCAAUAGCCGAUGUGUACAUAACAUUGCAUGUAAAAAUGUUCAGCGUUGAAAACGGUUUGUUUAUAGUAAGCAAGGAUUAGAUUAGUUUGCUUUGCUGGAAAAUUCUGAUAUUUAACCAUUGUCGAUAUUAUUUAAGAGGUGGUGAAAGCAUAGCCAAAUGGAAUCCACGGAGUAUUCACAAUGUGAUUAGAACUUGUUUCACGUUGAGUUUAAUUGAGGUAAGCAUAAUAUUCUGAAUAGUCUAUAAUAUUCUGAAUAGUCUAUAAUUAUCAUUUCGUUAUUAAAGCAAUAACUAGUCUUCUUUCAUGUCACAUAGAUUUAAUAUGUCAACUAAUACUUGUAUCGAUUUACUGUGAAGGAUGCAUUGGGAAUACAAGACUUAGUUAACGGCUAAAGGGAGGCUACAAAUUUUAUCUUCAGUUGGUCAUUGCAUAACAUUUGUAAGGCUUCCGAGGGGUCACGCCUCAACAGGAUAAAUGGAACAGAUAUGCACGGGGCCUGCGCUAAAUUACAAGGGUAAAAAUUGACUUCCCUUGUUGGUUGGAGGCACUGCGUUUUGGUACAAAAAUUGUAAGACAUCGAUUUCCUAUAUUGAUUCCGAUUCUUCUUUCUAUCAACUUGAAAUGCUUUGUUCAUUAUCUCACAAUUGUUUAAUCUUCAUUCUACAUCAUUUGCGUUUGUAAUCGAAGGGCGAUCUCACAUAAAAACUGGUUUUGAAUGGACGUUUGUAGACGAUGGUGUAUAAAGUCCGUUUUCUGACUAUAGUACAAGUCAUGUGAAGCGUUUUAUCCUUUCAUAAGGAACGCCCAUUUUGUUUCAUAUAAUCACUACCAGCUGUACAGUUGAACAGACUACAGUGCUUAUACCUCAUUAAAGGUCUUAGUAAAAAAAGAAGACCAA